AUGGCCCGCUCAGAGGACAAAGUCUUCUUGCGCGGCGGCCGACUCGCUCUUUGGUGUGCGAAAAUGUCGACGGCGGUGGAGGCGACGGGCUUCGUGAUGUGCGCGAUCAGCUGGCUGCUGACGGGCACGGCGCUGGCUAACGACUACUGGAAGAUUUCCACCGUGUCGGGCGACGUCAUCGUCUCGCAGUGGCAGUCGGAGAACUUAUGGCACUCGUGCGCCGAGAACAGCGCCGGUCGAGACUUUGAAUCCUUGCUGUCGUUGCCCGCUCACGUCCAAGCGUGUCGCGCCUUGAUGAUCGUGUCACUGCUGCUGGGUUUGGCGUCCAUGAUUGUUUCUCUGCUCGGACUCAAGUGCAUCAAGAUCGGAUCGGCCGGAGACGCUUCCAAGGCCAAGAUGGCCACCGCCGGCGGCGUCCUGUGCACGUCGGCCGGGCUCUGCUGCAUGGUGGUGCAGAACUUCUACGACCCGCUCUACGUCGGCGCUAAGUUUGAACUGGGCGCGGGCCUCUACUUGGCGUGGGGCGCCGCCUGCCUCUCGCUGCUGGGGGGCGGCCUGCUCUGCACCGCCUGUCGGAGGGCCUCGGCCGGCAAACGGACAAGCGGUUUCUACGGCAACGGCCCGCCGCCAAAGGUCUACAAGGCGACGGCCAAAUCAGAGGCGGACGCGGCCCGAGCGUACGUGUGAACGCGCCGCGUCCGACGUCGGCGCUGAUGUGGCGCAAUCUCGUCUGGAUGAGCGAAAUAAAACUUCACUUCUUUGAAAACACUUUGUGGGCCGGUGUGUGCGCCUUCAUCGUAAUCCGGCGAGUAAUCCCCGCGAUGACGACGAUGCAGGAUCUAAUCCAGGUUCCGCCUCGGUUCUGAGCC